AUGCGGUUGUUGCUCAUGAGCAGAUUGAGAACAUUAAGCUACAGGUUAGCCGAGAGUGAGUUCUUUUUAGCAUGCUCUGGAGGAGGUGGAAAUCAGUUGAUUGGUGAUGGUGUUAUAAUAAGAUUAAAUAACCUUUACAAUGGAUAUGAAGUGACAAAUGCUUAUGUUUGGUUAGCUUCUAGAAGUAAAGCCUUACAUGUUUUGUCACUGCAUUCUGAUCAUUCAGCCAUUUCAGGAAUCUUUGCAGCCAUUACUGCAUUGUAUCCACCAAAAAUUGAGCUAACAUGUCAUUGUCUUUCAUAUUGCUACAGAAGUCCUGAUGAAGAAUUUGUUAGCACGUGUUUGUUGAUGGUAUUUGUAGCUGUAUCCAUUCCCAAGCUAGCUCGUAUGGAUAGUACGGUUUAUAAAACAGCAUAUGGUGCACAUGCAAAUAAUUCCCAUUGUUUGGCUCAGGCUGUGAAUACCCUGUUUGCAGCAUUAUUCACAUACUGUGGGAGAGCACAAGACAUUGAGGAGAGGUUGAAAGAAUUUUUGGCUUUAGCAUCAUCAAGUCUCCUUCGAUUGGGAAGAGAGAAUGAUAAAGAUGUCAUCAAGAAUCGAGAUGCUACAUAUAUUUUGCUACACCAAAUUGUUGUACAGUCUCCAUUCCUGACCAUGGAUCUCUUGGAGGCCUGCUUCCCAUAUGCCCUCAUUCGGAAUGCAUACCAUGCUGUUCAUAAGGCCCGAGCAUAACAUUCUUCUUCUUUGUU